AUGGCCGACAACCAGCAUUUGCAUCGAGUCGCAGACGAUGUGAUUGGACUCGACGACGCCUUCAAUCGACGCGAAGGAAUUGAUUUGUUGCAGCGAGGGUGGAGGCUGCGAGUGGAAUUCGGCGCCCUGGAUUUGGGGAGAGUUGGGUUUUCGUUCGAAUUUGGGAUAUCGCACGCGCUUCUGGGCUGGAUGGAAGGGUUUGUGGUCGAAGGACAGUUUCUUAUCGCGCAAAUCCCCGUUGACUUCAAAAUUGAAAUGACUCCUCGAUAA